GGCCCAUGUGACCAAAACAGAGUCAUGGCGGCGGCCGCAGCAGCCAGGUCGAGCAUGGGUCUGACUUUGAGGCUCUCCAGAGUUAUCCCGGACUGCCGCUCAUGUCCGCUGUACAGGUUUAAGGGCUGCCUCCACAGCGCAGCCGGCUCCCAGAGGACGGGCUCCUUGGAUAGCCUCCGGACCACCAGUCGCCAUUUACAGACGAGUAUAUGUCUCUACCAGGCUGAAGAGGGCAGCUCCAACGCGGAGGACCCAGAUGAUGUGGUCAACGUGGUCUACAUUGACCGGUCUGGCAAGAGGAUCCCAGUUAAGGCCAAAGUUGGCGACAACGUCCUCUACUUGGCUCACAAACACGGAGUGGACCUUGAAGGAGCCUGUGAGGCAUCGCUGGCCUGCUCUACGUGCCACGUCUACGUGAGCUCUUCCCAUUUCGACAAACUUCCAGAGCCCGAAGAGAGGGAGGACGACAUGCUCGACAUGGCGCCCAUGCUUCAGGAGAACUCCCGCCUGGGAUGUCAGAUCGUUCUCACUCCGGAUCUUGACGGCAUCGAGCUCACCCUGCCCAAGGUCACGAGGAACUUCUAUGUGGACGGCCAUGUUCCCAAACCUCAUUGAGCAGAUAAACAGAGACUGGACAGGGGGGGGACUGGAUAAAAAAAAAUGAGAAGGUGUCUCUGUGAGCAAAGCACCACGUCCUGGUUGAGUGAUGGAGGGUGACUGAAGAGAUGCGACGGCUAGGGUGGUGUUAUCCCUAGCAGCUCCCAGAGCAUCUUGCUGGCAUUUCCAACUGUUUAACCAAAUCCGGGACAGACUUUAGACGAGAUCAGGUCUGUAAACACUAAGACAGUGGUGAUCUCAAAGGGUUACGUGUAAAAGAAACUGUGGUGGUUCAACUGAUAUAUUUAUUUAAGUGGAGCCUUUCUCUAGCCAUUUGCGAAGACAUCAUUCAACCUCACAGACUGCUCGCCGCUCAAAAAGUUAAAGAUUCACGCCGAUGAGCAGAGUCUGCGUCUGUGCGGGUGAAUGGGACAUUCCUCGUUACAGCUUAUAUACGCACAAGUAUCACAAAGUGUUAAUCGUUCUGAUCUCAGUCGUCACACGUUCUACUAUGCAUUGGAUUUCUUUCUCAUGUACCGUAGUCACCUAUAGAUACCGCAGCGUUCUAGAAGUCCCUGCUGUUUGGCUCUGGAGCCCGACAGAAAAGCCAUACAAGUUAAGUGUACUCGAUGUCUGAAGUCCGGAUGGAUGCUGACACUUGAUGCUUAUUUGUUUAAACAUAUCAAAACGCUUCAGGUGCAAUGAAUUUGAGUGAAAACUCAAUUGAAAGAUGUUUUUUUGUUUGUUUGUUUUAUUUGUUUUUCUUUCAGCAGUUAUUCAAGAUUUAGCUGAGAUUGGGAACAUUCACAUUUCCUCACGAUGGGUUUACUCAAGUCAGCUGCACUUGUCCAACAUACGCACAAAAUGUCUUUAUUUUCAGUUUUUGGCUAAAAUAUUUCACAUUGUGCAAUAAAAUCCGCUCAAAAACUCUUGA